AUGGGACUGCUACUGCCGAUCCUUCUUGGCUUUCUUGCAGCUCUGAUUGGAGGGCUGUACCUUCUCGGCGUGUUUCGACAGCGGCGAGCAGGAGAACCACCUCUGGAUAAGGGCCUCUUGCCAUGGCUGGGUCAUGUGUUAGAGUUUCGCAGGAACACUUUGAAGUUCCUACAGAGGAUGAGACAAAAGCAUGGCGAUGUGUUCACAAUACAGCUGGGAGGAUUUUAUAUUACAUUCCUUCAGGACCCUCAAUCGUUUGGGUCAGUUGUUAAGGAGAGUCGAGAUAAACUGGACUUCACAAAGUUUGCUGUUCAUUUGGUGCGCAGGGUGUUUGGUUACACAUCUAUAGAGGGUGAACACAACAUUCUCCAGAUGUUCAGCAACAAGCACCUCAAAGGAGAUGGUCUGGAGCUAAUGACACAAUCCAUGAUGAAUAAUUUGCAGACCCUAAUGUUGCACAACAUCGGCUCAGCUGUAGAAGAAAGAACCUGGAUGGAUGACGGCUUGUUUAAUUACAGCUACAAUAUUGUCUUUAGGGCCGGCUACUUAUCUCUAUAUGGCAAUGAGCCACACAACUCCGAAGGAAGUGAGAAGAAAGCCAAAGAGAAAGACAGAGCUGUAUCAGAAGCCUUAUUUUCCGAGUUUCGUAAAUAUGACCAACUCUUUCCCAACCUAGCUUAUGGGGUCCUGAUGCCAGGGCAAAGGCUGGAAGCACAGAGGAUAAUGGAAUACUUCUGGAACAGUCUGUCGGUGCAAACGAUGAAGACCAAGGACAACAUCAGUCGCUGGUUGUGGGACAUCCAGCAGGCCAAAGAGGAGAGGGGUGAGAAGGAGUCAGCGAUAAGCAAAUACAUGUUUGUGCUUCUUUGGGCCUCUCAGGGCAACACAGGGCCUUCUGCAUUCUGGCUGCUCCUCUUCCUCAUGAAAAACCCAGAAGCCAUGGCUGCAGUGAAGGAAGAGGUAGAUAAGGUUCUGAAGGAAUUUGAGCAAGAAGUCCAACCUGGUGGUCCUCUAAUCAACCUGACCCGUGAAAUGCUGAUGAAAACACCAGUCCUGGACAGUGCUGUAGAAGAGACCCUCCGACUCACUGCUGCACCCCUCCUCACCAGAGCAGUGCUUCAAGACAUGACCCUCAAGAUGGCUGAUGGCCGCGAAUACUUCAUUCGCGAGGGUGACAGAAUUGCAGUCUUUCCUUACAUUGCCGUUCACAUUGACCCAGAGAUCCACCCUGACCCACAUUCAUUCAAAUAUGACCGCUUUCUCAAUCCAAACGGGAGCAAGAAAACAGAUUUUUACAAAGCAGGGAAGAAGGUGAAGUAUUACAACAUGCCCUGGGGUGCUGGGGUGUCUAUGUGCCCUGGGCGUUUCUUUGCCACCAAUGAGCUGAAACAGUUUGCUUUCCUCUUGUUGGUUUAUUUUGAGUUUGAGCUGAAGAACCCCGAUGAGAAGAUACCUGAAAUCGACUUCAGGCGAUGGGGCUUUGGAGCAAUGCAACCCGACAGAGAUGUUCAGUUCCGAUACAGACUCAGAUAUUAAAUCAGUCAAUCACUUUCUGAUCAAAUGUUUCCUGAUUUGAAUAAUUUCUGUGAGCUUUCAUUUGGCAAUUAUGUAGGAAACAUAAG